AACAUGACAUAACAUGCGAAGAAAAAUUGUCUAUCAAUCUUUCCUGCGAUUCUAUGGACAUCGAUGCAAGGACGGAAGCUAAAACAGAGGGUCCUGAAGGUCCUCCAGACGAAGCAAUGCUCACCGAUCAGGACGAGGGCUCUCAAAGGGACAACUUGAGCGCAAGAUCUCCUACAGGUGGAUUUACCGACACCGAAAUAUCGAAAAGUCAGAUCACAAUGGAAGCCCGAGGCUCUGCAAGUCCCAAUGUUGAGUUGCAAGGAACAAGCCAUUCUCCGCAGCCGUCAUCUGCGUCUGAGAAGAAGGAAUGCGAGACCAAAGAGGAAGCCCAGCCCCAUAAGGUGAAGCAGCGUCGGUCUCGCACCAACUUCACGCUAGAGCAGCUCAACGAACUCGAGCGGCUGUUCGACGAGACGCAUUACCCUGACGCCUUCAUGCGGGAGGAGCUGUCGCAGCGCUUGGGGCUAAGCGAGGCCAGGGUCCAGGUGUGGUUCCAGAAUCGCCGCGCCAAGUGUCGCAAGCACGAGAGCCAAAUGCACAAAGGUAUGCUGCUCUCCCCCAGCCACGGGGGUGAAGGGGUGACGGUGAUGGCGUCUGGGGGGGUCCGGCUGCGGGCAGCCCCUGGGGGGUCAAUGGGUCUGCCUGGGAUGACGAUCCACAGCUUGUCUGGGGGACUGUCGGGGCCCGGGGGCUUAACCCCCAUGGGGAUGGCAUCGUUCGUGUCCCCAUUGAGGCUACACUCCCCUCUCUACGAUAGACUUAACCCCAUCCCUGGUCUGCAGCUAGACCCCGCGCUGCUGUCUGCAGCUCACCAGUACGCGGCCGCGGCAGCUGUCUCCAUCAGCGCCUCCAUCAGCAACAUCAACGGCACCCACAUCAGCGGGGACGGCCCUGCCGGGGACAUGUCUACUGCUGCCAUAUCUACAUCGAGUCUACUUUCCUCUUCUAAUGACUCUAGUAGGGUCGGAAAUCUACCCAUACCUACAACAAUUCCUCUCAGUCUACCUUCUACUUCUACACCGAGCUUGUCAAACCCAAUGAUGAAUCUCAACUCCCAAACUGGUCUUCCUCCACUACCCUGUCUUCCAUCAACUCUGCCCUCAGGUCUUGGUGGAGUGCCCGCCUCUUCCCUCCUCUACUACCCUCACCCCACCUACCCUCUUGCCCUUACUGCCCUCACAGCCACUGAUAGAAUAUCUUCUAAGACUUCUUCCAUAGCAGACCUGCGACUCAAGGCAAGGAAACAUGCUGAGUCAUUCGCCAUGGCCAGCGCUUCGCUUCAGGACUGAAUUGCUGUGCCAGUGAUGAAAACAACUCAACGGCCGUGAACUGCUCCAAGAAAAGUAAAAUUUAUGCAUUUUUGCAUAAAAUUGUUUAAAACACAAACAUGUAUAAUGUUUUUAUUUCAAAUAAGAUUACCCAAGACGAACUGAUGUUCGUUAUUAACGCUCACGUUGUGUUUUUGUUAG